AUGCCAGCUUCUCCCGCAGCAUACCUUCUACUUCAUUUAUUUCUUAGACUUACAGCUAAAACUUGUUAUGAGUGCUUGAUUGAUGGGGGACAAUUCUGUCUAGAGAAUAACAAAUGUAUUGGGAAUUCAACAGAAAUUAAAUGUGAAAAGAGCGUUGAUCUCUCCAUUAACUGUCCUUCUGUACCGGCACUACAGUAUGCCUACGACGAUGAGUUCGUCAGGUAUACGGUUCUUCCAGUUAUUGCUGCGGCUAGGAGACCCGAUCCACAAGUUUGUUUGGAUAACCAACUGCCAACAAUGAAAGCUUUCAAACGCCGAGAAGCAAACUGUUCAUCAUUGUUUUCAGAUGUAAAAUGUGCUGGAUACACUGGUUAUGAUGAAACUCGAAAAUUGAUUGUAUUAUCGAUUCGUGGAUCUCAUGGAGUUCAUCAGUAUUAUGAUUUAUGGAAAAUCGGGAAUCAAAAUGGUACGAUACCAUUUUUCGAUGUCGGACGGGUUACAAAAGUGUUUCAUGAUAAUUUCGAGUCACUUUGGUUCGGCGGGCUCGGAGAGGAUCUUCAUCAUUUAAUUAAGACUUAUCCGGACUUUGAGAUUUGGAUAACCGGAUACUCCAUGGGAGCAUCACUUGCGCUUAUCACAUCUGCCUAUAUUGCUUUAACUGGAAUGAGUCAUCCACACAAUAUGAAAGUUAUUCUACUCGGAUGUCCAAGAUGCACAGAUUAUCAGUUUGCUAUGUGGCAUAGUAUGAAUUUUCCCUACUCAUACCACAUCAUUCAUGCACACGACUAUGCGCCACGAGUCCCAUUCUUUGAUAAUAUUGAUAACAUUUCACUUUAUCAUCCACGGACUGAAGUUUGGUAUAAUAAUGAAAUGAAAGAGGGUGACGGUUACAUCAUUUGCGAGCAGGCCGACCAACCAUUCUGCAGCAGUCAAAUACAAAACCUCUCAACUCCGGAUCACAUGCACUAUUUCAAUAUGGACAUUACAAGAUGGGCAGAUCACGGGUGUCCCAAGAAUAGAGAGGAUUUCAAACCAAUUUUUGGAACUCAUCAACGAAUUAUUUUUGAAGAAGAGAAAGAUUCUGGAGGUCCACCCAUAAAAGUCAUAGCGUUUGGACUAAUUGGUGGAAGAGAUGCAGAUGUUGAAAGAAAAGAUUCAGCAACUGGUGGUGCUGGUUGUCCACGACGAUCGUACGGAUGUCUCGGAGCAUCCUUGUCAAUACGACGUGCCUUCAGAAGUGCAAUCUCGUCCAAAUACUUCACGGCGUCUGGAUUAGAAGCAAGAGACAUACGAGUACGCACCGGACUCUUUCCUUCGUCAGCCGGAAUGUCGAAUGACUGA